AUGUCUACACGUAGCGGUAAGCAGGCAUCGAUGUGUGGGAAGAAGCGGCUGAAGUCGGUGAGCGACAUUAUCAACGAACAGUUUAGUGGGAAUGGUGCUGAGAGGAAUGAUAUGGACGCGUGGGAUGAGCUGGGUGGCGACAAGCCGCAGAUUGACGACUAUUACGAGGGAAAUGACAGCGGUAAUGAGGGAGCGGAUGACUUUGAUGGAAUGCCCCCACUAUCAACUACCAAGCGCCGUCGCACAGAACACAAACUUCCACAACGAAAAGAAGAAAAACGCCUUCGUCGGCGCGGUCCGUUAGAUCCAUCACUCUCUGCGGGAGAUUACGCCGCCACUCCGGUCGACGUGGAGGCAGCAAUGGACGGGAUAUUUGGAGCACUCGAAAUGGGCGAGGACGAUGAGGAGGACAUAUCGGGUGAAGGCGAUGCCAAAGGUUCAAAAAGGGGGGGAGGACGCAAGUACGAGACGGAGGAGCAAUACGUCAAGUGGCUGGAGGCGCAGCAGGCGAAAAAAUUAUCGAAGCGUCCUGAUUCUGGUCUUACAGAGGAAGAUGAUAUUCUACAACAGUUGGAAUCGUUGCGCAGUGCGCAGGUGGAGUUGCUACAUAAGCAGGAAUCAGGCGAUACCUCUAACCCGCAGGCAAGAGAGCGGGAGCAAGUACAAAAGGCCAUUCACCACUAUGUGAUGGUGUACUCGCAGUUGCUUAGGAUGCGUAUAAAGCUUCAACCCGUGGUCGCGCGCGCAGUUACCUUCCCGCAAUAUUAUGCACUGAAAGACUUUCUUCAAAAUGGUGAUGAAACAAUAAAGAAAGAGACGAAGGUAGUUACAGGCUCCCUCAAGGAACUCCUCGGCACCUUUCUUUCCUUGGCAGCAGGGGGAAAGAAGGGGGAGGACAACGGCAAACCCACGACUCGAGGCACUGUGCCCAGUUUUAAGGAGGUUAACGUAAUUCACAAACGUUUUAUAGCUGGGGCCGAUGCGUGCAUUGAGCACUGGGGGGCCAAAUUUGUGCAAUCAAAUAGUGCUAAACUUCACACCGUUUCACAGCCACUCAUACAACAAAUUCGCACUAUACUAUCCAGUAGGGCACCUCUGCGUGCGAGGGUACAGAAAAACAGGGCACAUGUGACAAUACUGGGGCACCCGGAGCAUUACCGUGCCACACAGUCCGGAGAACACAAGGCGGCCCGUGCCCUCCACAUUGCCGAUGGGGAUAUUGAUGGCGAAAUAUAUGAUGAUGGUGAGUUUCUCCGUGAAGUGGUUCGCCGUGGUGGUGCUGUAAAAUUGCAGCAGCAACUUCAAGAAAUACAGCGUGAGCUGCAGUCCAGUGAGGAACCAGCGAAGCGUGGCUUUCAUAGGUUGACUAAAGGUAAGGCAGUUAAUUACGAACCGCGGCCCAAGUUGGUUGGUUUCCUUCUACCUGUGCCGUUCGCAGUGAAUGGGCAGCAUGAGGUGUUGUUCAAGUCUUUAUUCCAAUAA